GGAGUGACACGGUUCUGUAAAUUUUUUCAAAAUAGAAGCAGUCAGAUUAGAUUUAACGCUAGUGGGAUUCGAUUUAACCACAGUUAACCUAAAAUACAGUUUGAAAAAUCUACAAAUACGGCCGACGAUCUUCCUUCACUUUACUAUUUAUUUUCAUUGGAACUAUGUUCUCUCCUCCCAGGAAACCUAUAUAAUUUCUUAGAUCCAAACUCAGAGAAUGGCCGGUGGAAUUACAAUCAACAUAAACAUUCCGGCUGGUGAAGGAAUUACCAUUAGCAUUAACCCAAACUCUGCUCCAGCGGGAUCCGAGGUAGGGGCUGCAUCCGGGGUAGGGGGUGCCUUUGGCCGAAUUCAACCUCCAGCUGGUGAAGGACUUACCAUUAGCAUUAACCCAAACUCUGCUCCAGCUGGUAAUCUAUGUACGAAUCCGUCCUCUCAAAAGUCCCUAGAAUGCUCUCCAGGAAAGGCUAACCCUAAGGUUUUCUUUGAUAUCGGGGUGCGCGGCAAAGCUGUUGGUCGGAUCGUGAUGGAGCUUUUUGCCGACACGACCCCACGGACAGCAGAGAAUUUCCGCGCCCUCUGUACAGGCGAGAAAGGCAUGGGGAAGAAGGGUAAGCCACUCCAUUACAAAGGAUCAAUCAUCUACCAUAUGUGCCCCGAUUAUAUCAUUGGCGGAGGAGAUUUCACUGACGAAAGGAUAGGAUGCGGAGGCGAAUCAAUCUACGCCGGAGGUUUUUUCGAGGAUGAGAACUUCAUCAAAAAGCACACCGGUCCGGGUAUCCUCUCCAUGAACAACAAUGGUCCUGACACCAACUCAUCUCAGUUUUUGAUCUGCUUGACCGAGAACUGGGAACUCGACGAUCAACACGUCGUCUUCGGCCAAGUUGUUGAAGGAUUGGAUGUGGUCAGGAUCAUAUCACACGAACCUCUUAAGGACAAGCUUUCCAAGCCCGUCGUGAUCGACUGCGGUCAGAUUAAAUAGAUCUGACAGAGAUAUUUUCCAACUACAAUGGUUGCUUGCUUGCUUUGUGUCCUUUUGAUGUUUGGUGCGUUUUUAAUUUUGUUACUCUUGUUUUUUUAUCUUUUUUCUUGAAUUUAGAUUGGCUACCGUUGAAUAAUGAUAACAACCAUCAUCA